AUGGUGUUUUGUUCUCAUUUCUCCUCUUCUCAGCUCAUUGGGAUUGCUUCUUCUGGUGUGGAUUUCGAUGGUGGUGGCAGGCUAACUGGGACCUUAAAAGCUGUCUUCUUUUAUGGGUUGAACUCACACAGGGUAGCAAUGGGCAGCUUGAGCGAGGAAGAAUUCCGGUUCUUCGAUGCUGGUGAUGACAUUGCAUCGAGAAUCUCCGAUGUAAGUAGUGACAUCUCUGAUUGCCGGCAGAGUUUGGCUGAUAGCAAUUCAGCUGCCCCUAGCCCUCGUUAUGAAUUGUGGGCCGAUGCCCCCAAAAGUGUGGAGGAACGGCGAAAUAUGUUCUUGAAAUGGAUGGAUGUGGAGGGUUCAUGCCCAUAUGGAGAUUUUCCCAGUCCAGCGGGAAGCGGGAUUGAUAGAAUGAUUGCAAGCAGUGGAGCUGUGUUGAGGAACUCUUGUUACGAAGGCGAGUUUUGCUCGACAAGGUCUUCGAGGCUGAGUUGGUCCUGUGAUAGUUCCAGGCUUCUGGAGGAGUUGGGCUCAGCUCACGAGUUUGUAGGUAGAGAUGGAAAUUCGGGUGGAGGGGUGGCUUCCAAUGUAGAUGAAAGUCAUGAACUUUACUCGCCAUAUUCAGCAAGUGCUAGGGAAUGUAGUAGCAAUGCUUCUGGCGCAUCAUCACCUUCACUUCGACGGCAUCAGCCAGGCUGCGGGGGAUCUAAGGAUAGUAGCACAAGCAGCAACACUACUUCCAAGACAAUUAAGAAACGGUGGUUGAGCAGGUUGAGGUCAAUGGCAUGUGCUGUGGAUGGAAGAACACAAGCCGAGAGGUUGAGCCAUUCUGCUGAUGAUUUACUUUUGUAUAAGGUACGAAGGGUGAAAGUUAGGCAAUCUGGGAAGCAAUUGAAGGAGCUCUCUGCACUCUACAGUGGGCAAGAUAUCCAGGCUCACAGGGGCUCAAUCUUGGCGAUGAGAUUUAGUCCAGAUGGGCAGUACCUGGCAAGUGCUGGCGAAGAUGGGAUUGUGAGAGUAUGGCAAGUUCUUGAAGAUGAUAGAUUGAAUGAACGUGAUAUUCCAGAAAUAGAUCCUUCAUGCAUCUAUUUCACUGUGGAUCAUUUGUCCGAGUUGAAACCCCUUACUGGUAAUCGAGAGAAGAUGGCUAAAGUGAGGAGUUUGAGGAAGACAUCGGAUUCAGCUUGCAUCAUUUUGCCUCCUAAAGUUUUUAGAAUAUUGGAGGACCCAUUGCACGAGUUUGUUGGUCACAGUGGUGAUAUCUUGGACUUGUCAUGGUCAAAUGAUAAUCAUUUACUAUCAGCUUCAGUUGACAAAACUGUUCGUCUAUGGCAAGUAGGAUGCAAUCGAUGCCUCGGUAUCUACUCACAUAGCAACUAUGUUACUUGUGUUCAGUUUAAUCCUGGGGAUGAUAAUUACUUCAUGAGUGGUUCCAUAGAUGGGAAAGUUCGGAUUUGGGCAAUUUCUGGUUGCCAAGUUGUUGACUGGAUUGACAUUAAAGAAAUAGUUACAGCAGCUUGUUAUCGUCCAGAUGGGCAGGGAUUGAUUGUUGGCUCAAUGACAGGCACUUGCCGCUUUUAUAAUAGGACCAACAAUCACUUGCAAUUGGAUGCACAAGUAUGCUUAAACAACAAAAAAAAGCCGCCUGGAAAAAGAAUAACUGCCUUCCAGUAUUGCCCACGAGACUCGGACAAAGUAAUGGUGACCUGUGCUGAUUCACAAGUCAGGAUACUGAAAGGGCUCAAUGUAAUUGCCAAAUACAAAGGCUUGAGGAACACUGCAAAUCAUGUAUCUGCACGGUUUACUUCAGACGGAAAACAUAUAAUAUCAGCUUGUGAGGAUGCCAAUGUUUACAUGUGGGAUAGUUUUGGCUUAGAGAACUCAUUCUGCCCAAAUGGUAAAAACAUAAAGUCUUUUGAGCGAUUCUCUGCUGAUGCAUCGGUUGCACUGCCUUGGUCUGGUUUAAAGAAGUACUGUAACUCAGAAAAUGGGAAACCUCUGCCUUUUUCUUCGCCUGCAAGUUUCAAUCUCAAUCAAGAGUACUACCUCGAGCCAUAUCCCAAAGGUUCAGCAACGUGGCCAGAGGAAAAGCUUCCGAGAUCAAGCCCUUCUCCAGCCACGCCAUUAGCAUCGAUGCAUAAAUCACAAUACAAGUUUCUGAAAGCUUCAUGCCAGAGCGCUGCUGGCUCUCAUGCGUGGGCUCUUGUCAUUGUGACUGCAGGGUGGGAUGGCAAGAUUCGAUCUUACCACAGUUACGGCCUGCCAGUUCCAACCUGAGAUUGUUCUUGGUUUUCAUGAGGAUCAACCUGAUGUUCACUAUCUCAGGUGUGAAUACCUUAUGCUCGACACUCCACUGGGCCCACGUCUGAUAAAGGCUGAGGCAUGACAUGUGGUGGGGGAUGGUUGGCUGCAAACAUAUUCAUGCUUGGGAAAUGAGCAAGUGUGGCUGUGAUAGGCUUGUUUUUGCUUUUGGAUGGAUACGCAGGUGAAGACUGAAGAUUUUUCUCACUUGUCAACUAAUGGAAAGAUAUGCAGGGGCCAUGUCUUGAGAAGAGGAGAGGCCAGUAUUAGAUAGAUUCUUCUUCUUUAUCCACAAUGGAGGCAUGUCAUGGCCAGCCACUUCCAAAAAAAGGAUGAAGGGAAUCAAAAACCUGGUGGCUGGAGUUCAUUUUAGUGGGGAUGGAAAUGGUGAGGGGUAGGGAACUUCACACCAUUACAACAUAUAUUGGCGGUUCUGCAAUGAAUGAUUGAAUUGCUCUUGUCUGCCAUUUCCUCCACUCAAGGUAGGGUAUAUAUGCUUCACCUGACCCAUGGGGGCAUCAAUAUUGAGACGUCAGCAUCUAGUUGUCUGCUCAUCCAUCCAUCCAUCCAUGGAACUCCAGUAGCAACCUAACCAAGUACCGAGUUUUUGAAGAGUUGAUGAUCUAUGUGUGUGUAUAUUUUCCUGUUCCCUUUUCUGUUCUUCCUGCUCUUGCUCACAGGAUUUUUGUACAUGUAUUUUUGUCUUCUUAAGCUUAUUCUAAAGGAUCCCCCUUUCAUCAUCCUCUUGGAUUAGGAUUAGCGAUAUCGAUGUCCAUCCCGUUUUCUGGAGAAAGUAUGAAGAGAUGGAAUUUACCCUCAUGCCUGAACAUGUAGUUCUUGUCAGCAGCAGAGGCUUUAAAUUGUAAAAGGUUUAUCCUUUGGUGUAAAUUGUAAAUGAUUUGGGAAAGGGAAAAAAAGAAAAGAGUUGUGAUCACCAUUUUGGCUAUGUACACUCUUCUCUGUUUGUGGUUGGAGUUUUUUUAACUUGUAAACUACCCUGGGAAAAUAUCCAGAAACUGGGGCAUCAAGUUUCCAGCUUUCUAGUUACUGCUGUAAUGUGUAGUUUUGUCAUUUACACCAGAAUCAGAUACUUCAUUUUUUUCUCUCCAGAAAUGACCUCCUGCAAUUUUCUGCUGAC